GCAGCGGCCGGACGCGGACGGGAAGCGGCGGCGGCCUGGGCCCGGAGCGGCGGAGCGAGGGGCCGCGAUCGCUGCCCGCCCGGCGCCAUGUGGUUCAUCUACGCGCUGAGCUGGUUCUCGCUGCUCAUCCAGGUGGCGCUGGUCACCCUGGCGAUCGCCGCUGGCCUCUACUAUCUGGCGGAGCUAAUAGAAGAAUACACCGUAGCUACUAGCAGAAUAAUCAAAUACAUGAUCUGGUUCUCUACAGCGGUGCUCGUAGGCCUGUACCUCUUUGAACGCUUUCCUGGCUUCAUGGUGGGCGUGGGCCUCUUCACCAACCUGGUCUAUUUCGGCCUGCUGCAGACGUUCCCUUUCAUCAUGCUGACAUCGCCAAACUUUAUACUGUCGUGCGUGCUUGUUAUAUUGAACCACUACUUAGCGUUCCAGUACUUUGCUGACGAGUAUUACCCGUUCUCCGAGGUUCUUGCCUACUUCACGUUCUGCUUGUGGUUAAUUCCCUUUGCGUUUUUUGUGUCCUUGUCGGCCGGAGAGAACGUCCUACCUUCUACGGUGCAGCCUGGAGAUGACGUGGUAUCGAACUACUUCACCAAGGGGAAGCGGGGUAAGCGCUCCGGCAUCCUCAUCAUCUUCUCCUUCAUCAAGGAGGCCAUUCUGCCCAGUCGACAAAAGAUGUAUUGACCCCGCCCCCGCGGCCGGCAUGAACUGUGACGAAGCCGAAGGGAAGACCCUAGCUGGAUGUGAACGUCAGCGCUGUCCCUGGGUCUGCAGCGAACCCCCCCCCUCCACUUCUCUCCAAGGGAUUUUGUUAGGAACGUAUAAUCUGUGCAACGGCCAGAGGCAGCUGCCGUGUCAAACACGCGUGCUCGACGCCUCUGGUGGUGCAAAUGCAGGAGGUUGCCUUUUUAUACCUCUCCGAUCAUCCCCUGGGACUUGCUGACAAGGAGGUGGUUCUGCUCAAAUUGAGUUUAAGGAGGGCGGCAGCCUCCGCGAACGAUGCAUUGUGUUCAGAGACCAUGAUGUGAGGCAUUGCCAUCUGUUCUUAUUUAAAGCCAAAAGCCUUUGUAGGGCGUAGUUUGUCCGAGGGCAGGAGGAACACACGCAGUGUCUAACUGGGGUUUGCAUACAGCCAUGAUUUCAAAAAAUAACCAAACUUUUGAAUUCCAAAACAUUUCUGUCUGGAAGCUUGCCAGCGAUGGAGAGAGCUGGUGACGCAGCUCGCGCGCUCGUUACAACAUGCGUAUCCGUGAUCCGGACACAGAGGCCAAGACCACAGGGUGUCUGUGCACUGAUGCACUCUGCUCCUGCGGCUCUUAAAGGUGACUGGCCAGGGAUAAAAAUGGGACAUGUGCCUCUUUUGCUGCUUUGUGAUGAUGAUUAAAGGUGGCCUAAAGGGUUUUUUUUCUAUAAUUUUUUUUCUGUUUGUUUUAACCUAAGACAUUUCAACGUUUGUCUUCGCUGGGUUUGCUAGAAGUCUUGUUGGAGGGCUCAGAAGUGGCUUGUAGGCUUCCUAAACUUUUCAUUGAAGGAUGUUGACUCUUCCUCAAAAAGAGCGCUUCUCCUUGCUGUGUUAGCCAGUUGAGCUAAAUUGGUGCUGACAAAACCAGAGAGCCAGCGUUCAGAGCUGUGAAUAACCAUCGCUUCCCUUCUCCGUCAGGUUUCCAAUGCCACACAGUUCUCCAGCCACCCGGAGAGUCUUCUGGGCAGGGAAGAGUUUGAGCAACCCUGAAUGUUCAGUGAGAAAAACUUGUAGGUGUUUUUUAUGUAUAAUAAAGAAGCAAAACCAGGGCCCAACCUCAUUUUUGCCCCUUUGCUGGUCACCUUUAACCGUUGUGCCGGGAAUAGAGAUGUUUUCAUUAAGGUGGUGUCACACUUUGGAACUGGGAGUUCUGCCACCAGGCAGCGUCUACUCAUCAUUUUGAAAGGGUUUAUGAAGAUUCCUUGAGACAUGAAUCUCUUCUCUCGUGGGCCAGCUCUGGAUGAGGGCCACUGAGAGCUUUUGAAAUCUAUCCUGUGUAUUGAGAAGAGCCUGGAAACCACAGGCUUUGACUGGGGGAUCCUCUGACGAUAUCUGUCAUUCUCAUGCUUAAUUUAAUGGCAGCGUGAUUUCUGUUCAAGUACCAAUUCUCUCUUUUAAUAAAGGUUCUAGAUGCAGUUUGCCUUAUGAUCAAA